AUGUUACACAGGUGGAAUAGUGUGUGUUUGGUGCCUUGUAAUAGGGGAGAGGCCACGGACGGCGGUGGGAGGAACCUGGUCACGGACGGCGGUGGGAGGAACCUGGCCACGGACGGCGGUGGGAGGAACCUGGCCACGGACGGCGGUGGGAGGAACCUGGUCACGGACGGCGGUGGCAGGAACCUGGCCACGGACGGCGGUGGGAGGAACCUGGUCACGGACGGCGGUGGGAGGAACCUGGCCACGGACGACGGCGAGAGGAACCUGACCACGGACGGCGGUGGGAGGAACCAGGCCACGGACGGCACUAGCAGGAACCUGGCCACGGACGGCGGUGGCAGGAACCUGGCCACGGACGGCGGUGGCAGGAACCUGGCCACGGACGGCGGUGGCAGGAACCUGGCCACGGACGGCGGUGGGAGGAACCUGGCCACGGACGGCGGUGGCAGGAACCUGGCCACGGACGGCGGUGGGAGGAACCAGGCCACGGACGGCACUAGCAGGAACCUGGCCACGGACGGCGGUGGCAGGAACCUGGCCACGGACGGCGGUGGCAGGAACCUGGCCACGGACGGCGGUGGCAGGAACCUGGCCACGGACGGCGGUGGCAGGAACCUGGCCACGGACGACGGCGAGAGGAACCUGACCACGGACGGCGGUGGGAGGAACCUGGCCACGGACGACGGCGAGAGGAACCUGACCACGGACGGCGGUGGGAGGAACCAGGCCACGGACGGCGGUGGCAGGAACCUGGCCACGGACGGCGGUGGCAGGAACCUGGCCACGGACGGCGGUGGCAGGAACCUGGCCACGGACGGCGGUGGCAGGAACCUGGCCACGGACGGCGGUGGCAGGAACCUGGCCACGGACGGCGGCGGCAGGAACCUGGCCACGGACGGCGGUGGCAGGAACCUGGCCACGGACGGCGGUGGCAGGAACCUGGCCACGGACGGCGGUGGCAGGAACCUGGCCACGGACGGCGGUGGCAGGAACCUGGCCACGGACGGCGGCGGGAGGAACCUGGCCACGGACGGCGGUGGCAGGAACCUGGCCACGGACGGCGGUGGCAGGAACCUGGCCACGGACGGCGGUGGCAGGAACCUGGCCACGGACGGCGGUGGCAGGAACCUGGCCACGGACGGCGGUGGCAGGAACCUGGCCACGGACGGCGGUGGCAGGAACCUGGCCACGGACGGCGGUGGCAGGAACCUGGCCACGGACGGCGGUGGCAGGAACCUGGUCACGGACGGCGGUGGCAGGAACCUGGUCACGGACGGCGGAGUAAGAAACAGUUAA